UAUGUAAUCAAAAUGGCGGCGGAGGUGACGGUUCCCCCAACAACGCUGUAUAGUAAUGGCCAUAACUUGAUGAAUGGGGAGAGUGAGACGGAGGAGCCAGUGGAGAAGAAGAUGCGACUAAACGAUGGUUGGACCGACUCAAAGAUCGUUCGAUUCUUUUGGCCGAACGAUGGCGAUGAUCCAUUGCUGCGCCCCGAUCCUACAGACUCCUUAGGGCAGACAUUCUGUUUACAUGUCAUUGUGUGAACCAUUGUCAUGCUGAGAGAGCAGUGUAGUCCUUCAUUAUAAUGUGCACAGUAGUGACCACUGUAACCUUGUUCAAGAGUCAACUUAGCUAAGGAGUGUUGAGCCAUAGACAUAAGAGGAGUGAUGAUGAUGAUGAGGAUGAGGAUGAUGCUGUUGCUUCCCUCACAAAGCAAAGUGAAGCCUUUUUGCACUGAUCAUCUUUUGCUUUGUGAUGGUAAUCUUGUGUUUUGUUUGUUUUGUUAUCUUUGCAGGUAUGCGUGAGUAUGGGUUCGUCUUUCUCUGGUGUCGCUGUGCUGCCAGUCUCAUAAACAAUAGGAUCAGUACACUUUCACACGGAAAUCUUGAGAGCAAUUGCAAGUGGCCGAAACAAAAGAAAAAUUAGAAAAAUUAGAAAAAUUAACAUUUAGAGAUAUGAGCAUGGAAUUGCCUUUACAACAACAUGCAAAAAAAAAAAAAGAAAAUAAUAAUACUGAGGAAUGCAUAGAGUUGCCUUCCCUUUUCUCUCCGGGUUAAGCAUUUUUCCUGUCGUUCUUACUCACUCACCACCUACUCACCCACCGGAGGGACAGACCAUGUGCCCGCGUGGGGUUUGAGGGUUUUUAUAUUCUACUCUUUGCAGGGUUGAGCAGCCCCUGGCCACCCACCCCACUGUGUGUGCCUUGUGAAGAUAGACAGAGGCAGCUAGAGUCCGGAGCUCCAGCCACCAGCACCUUCUCUAGGGCUGUGUGGCUGGCUCAUAACCCCCUUCAUCUGUCAUGCACACACACACACACACACACACACACACACACACACACACACACACACACACACACACACACACACACACACACACACACACACACACCGUUGGCCAGACCAGACAUGCGGCUGUGUUCCAGAGAGUCGUAUCUUUGAGCCGUGCCUUCUGUUUGGUGCCACAUGAAGCCAGACAGUAAUUUGGCCUUUUUGUGGCCUAGCAGAAUUAUUAUAAAUUGCCUUGUGCCUUGUUUUUUUAUGAAAGUAAGAACUGAAUGUUGUGGCAACUGUUACAUUUUUAUUGUUUGUUUUAUAUGUGGUAUAUGUAAAAUGCCUUUAAAAUUUAGUGUUGCCUUAAAGUAAAUUAUAACAUAGUAACUUUUAUCAUUGAUAAUGUAAAUCAGUAUUUUUGUUUCAAUUAAAUUUCUCUCUCAAAAAACUGUAGUCUGCUUUGGAAGUGGUCAUGUAUACAAACACACACACACACACACACACACACACACACACACACACACACACACACACACACAUAUCUUAAAGAUGUUCAACAGAAAUCUUUUUAACUUGAUCUUAGAAUACAUGCAGUAAUAACACACACACACACACACACACACACACACACACACACACACACACACACACACACACACACACACACACACACACACACACACACACACACACACACACACACACACACACACACACACACACACACACACACACACAAUCUUUCUGCCUUCCAAUGUGUUCUCUGUCCUUGACUCAUGCACCCACUCACCACCACCACCAUCGCCACUAUUCCCUAUUUUCCAAACCAACCGCCCUGCAGGAGUGACAUGUUAUUUUUGUGAAUAUGUGAUAUGCCUGUUCUUUUUUUCUCUGUCGUUCCAUGGUGUAAGGUGGGCAGAAAGGCCUCAGCAGCAGGGGAGGUUCAGCGGAUGGCGAGCGUCAGUUAUCUGGGGCUGCUAUUUGCGCAUUGUAGCUUCCCCAGAGCAGUGGUAAUGGUUCUCACUAUGGUGCACCUGUAGGCCAGCUAACAUGAUCUGUCUUUUGGCAAGGGACAUGAGGGAGAAGCCCGGCCCACUCGAACCAGAUCCCCAACCAGGGAGGUGGAGCAGAGCGGCUCCCUCAUACUGGGAGCAGGUGCCAAGAAGGAUGACAUAGUGCACCUGCUGGGCCAGUCGCUACCUCGCCUCUCUUCAGAGCAGAAGGACAUGGUGGCGCGGGCCAAGAAGUAUGCCAUGGAACAGUCCAUCCGCCUGGUGCUCAUGAAGCAGACACUCGCUCACCAGCAGCAGCAAGCCAAGUCCCUGCAGCGACACCAAGCGCUGGUGCUCAUGUGUCGAGUGUAUGUUGGCAGCAUCAGCUUUGAACUCAAGGAGGACACCAUUCGGCAGGCCUUUGUACCCUUUGGCCCCAUCAAGUCCAUCAACAUGUCCUGGGAUCCCGUCACUCAGAAGCAUAAGGGGUUUGCCUUUGUGGAGUACGAGAUGCCUGAGGCGGCACAACUGGCCCUGGAGCAGAUGAAUGGCGUCAUGAUAGGUGGCCGGAACAUCAAGGUUGGCCGGCCCUCCAACAUGCCCCAGAAAUGGUCGACAGCACAGGGCCUCAGUGCCUGUGAUGUUGCACUUCUGAAGCAUCAUACCAUGACAAGGACGACAGACAGUGCCCAGACUGUCAUUGAUGAGAUCACUGAGGAAGCCAACUACUACAACCGCAUCUACAUCGCCUCAGUGCACCAGGAUCUCUCAGAGACGGACAUCAAGAGUGUGUUCGAGGCGUUCGGCAAGAUCAAGCAAUGCAUGUUGACGCCAGGCUCCACUCCGGGGAAACACAAGGGCUACGGCUUCAUUGAGUAUGAAAACUCCACCUCAGCGCAAGAAGCCAUCGCUUCCAUGAACCUGUUUGACCUGGGGGGGCAGUACCUCCGGGUGGGCAAGGCCAUCACUCCUCCAGGCUCCUUCUACGGACCUCUCUCAGCCCCCACUCAGAUGCCCACUGCAGCAGCUGUGGCGGCGGCGGCAGCCACAGCCAAGAUCCAGGCCAUGGACGCCCUGGCCACCAACGCUAUCGGCCUGGUGCAGGGGCUCAGCAGCUCCCCUGGCUCGGUGUCACAGCUUCCCCCAGUGGGUGUGGUGGGUGCCGUGCCUCCUGUGGGCACUGUGGGGGCCCUGUCAUCAGCUUUGCCCACAGUGACCCCACCUGUGGGUGUCAUAGGCAGUACACCUGCCGUGCCCCCAGUGGGUGUGGUGACCAGCCUGCCCAGCCUGGGUGUUGGGACGGCUGGUGCUGGCAGUGCUGCCCUGCCUCCCCCCACAGUCCUCACAGCCCUGCCAGUGCCUGGAGGUGCAGGCUUGGCGGGACCAGGCCCCUCCCCUGGCCCAGGCCUCCUAGGGCCUGCCCCAGGCAUUCCCCCGGUGGAGGAGCGGCGCCCCACACACCAGGAGGAGCUGGCAAAGAAGCUGAUGGAGGACAACGAGCCACAGACGCUGCAGCAGCAGGAGACCAUGUCCAUCAAGGGCCAGUCUGCGCGCCACCUUGUCAUGCAGAAACUCAUGAGGAAAUCUGAGUCCAACGUGGUGAUCCUGCGUAACAUGGUGGGUGCGGAGGAAGUGGACGAGCUGCUGCAGGAGGAGAUCACGGAGGAGUGUGGGCGGUUUGGCUCGGUGCGGCAUGUCAUUAUCUACCAGGAGAAGCAGAGUGACGAGGAGGAUGCAGAGGUGCUGGUCAAGAUCUUCGUGGAGUUUGGCAGCCCAGCAGAGAGUGCAGCGGCUCAAGAGGCUCUCAACGGACGGUAUUUUGGCGGGCGGUUAGUGAAGGCUGAGUUAUAUGACCAGAACAUGUAUAAUCACAAUGAUCUCUCAGGAUAAUGCCAUGCUACUUAGCAACAACAGCAGCAGCCAGGACGAGUGUUUGUUGUGCCCAGAACUAUUCCUAAACCGAGGUGUACGUGUGAAUGUUGGUGUAAAUUAUGCAUAUACGAGUAUAUAUAUAUAUUUAGAAAGAAAGAGAGAGAGAGAGAGAGAGAGAGUGAGAGUGAGAGGGGAAAGAAAUAAUAUACCAUACAUACAAUACCAUGGAUGCAAUUUUUCAUGUAUUUCUAAGAUUUUUUUCUGAUUUUUGUUAAUUGGAUUCUGAUGAUAAUUGUUCUUUUACCUGAUACUUAUUUCAAUAUAUUAUCUUCCAUUUUCUUCCUCUGAAUCCUAUGACUAUCUCUCUCUCUCUCUCUCUCUCUCUCUCUCUCUCUCUCUCUCUCUCUCUCUCUCUCUCUCUCUCUCUCUCUCUCUCUCUCUCUCUCUCUCUCUCUCUCUCUCUCUCUCUCUCUCUCUCUCUCUCUCUCUCUCUCUCUCUCUCUCUCUCUCUCUCUCUCUCUAACCCAUUCAUUCCUUCUCCACUCACUUUAAUUAACUAAGUUGGAUCACCUCAACAAGACAGGUUAUUCAUCUUCACCUUGUCAUCAUCAUCUUUGUUUUAAGGCUCUUACCUAACCAUCCUGUGACAUAACUUACUGUUCUAAUCAAGCACUGACCGACUAUUCAUUACAUUCAGUAACUGGAGGAGUAGUGGUAGAAGUAGCAUUUAGUAGUAGUAGUAGUAGUAGUAGUAAUAGUAAUAGUAGUAGUAGUGGUAGUAGUAUGACUCGAUUGUAGCACCUCAAGAGGGAAGAGAUUAUCUUUUAUAUCAUAAACACAGGGGACAGGACUGGGGUGGGUGCUAUCAGUCAGUCAGUCAUUUCCAUUCUCUCACACCUGUACCUCAUAUCACCUUUAUGUUAUCUAUGUUAUCCAGCAAUUUCUCUCACAUGUCCUAUCAACUCACGUCAAUUGUAGUUCUGUCAUUCUUGGUCCUUUAUUUCUGUUGUUCUGAUCUAUCUUAAUUCUCUCAUUUAAUACCUCUUAUCACCUCUGUUACCUUUGUUAAGUAAGCUACACUUCACCACCACCAAUUCCUACAUGGUUACCACAUUCAUGCAAUCUCAUCUUCAUCAUCAUUGUUGUCAUUGUCAUCAUUAUGCCCAACUAAUUUUAUUCUUUCUCUCUCACAUGUUCACGUGAUAAGAGAAGACAAGACAGCACCCAACAAUGCAACACACCCACACACACACACACACACACACACACACACACACACACACACACACACACACACACACACACACACAUUGCAGGCUUUGUAUUGGUUAUAAUUUUGUUAUGGCAAUGUUCCUUGGCUAUGGAAAUGUGUAAACUAUUAUACAUCUUGUCCAAAUUGUUUUUUUUCUUUUUGUCCAUAAGUGGUACGCAUUGUUUGUCUAUUGUCAGACUACGAUAGUUUCUUUUUUUAGUUGAAGAAACGUGAAUGUGAUGUGAGUAAGGAACAUACAUUAUUUUGUUAUUCCAAGCCUGUAUGACAAGUUAUGAAAUGAAUUCUUACUAUGGAAUCAGUUGAGACUAAACCAUGAAAUAUUACAAACAUCCCUGCCUUGCCUAUUCCCUUUGAGAUGCCUGUUAUAGAGCAGCAUAAGCCCACCUCAUCCCUGCCAGCAGCACUUAACACAAAGGUGGGAGGUGCACCUAACCAACCCAACCCACCAACUCUGUCCCAGUCCAGGAAGAAAGGGGACUGUAUUAUCAGACAUUUUGGUGUUCUGAUGAUUUUAAACAGCCUGUAGUGUAAUUAAUUAAUUUUAUUUAUUUAUUUAUUUAUUUAUUUAUUUAUUUAUUUAUUUUAUUUUAUUUUUUCUGUUAGUAGUUCAACAAGAAUUCUGCUUUGUCAAUGGGGAAAGCAACAAUAACUCUGUGUCAGCAAUAUGCAAAGAAUCCAUAAAACCCAACUAAUCAUUUUGAUAGUCUUUGAAAGUAGUCCUUGUUUAAAGUUCAAAAUUGUUUAAAAUAUGGGCUCGUUAUGAACCUGCCAAACACUUAAUAAACCAUGAAGUGUUCUAUCUACAUCAUUGCAAAAGGGUGGAAAGGGGACUGAGGAUUGGUUAUUCAUGGUAGAAGCAGGAGUUGGUUAUUCAAUUUGCUAUUUAGGACACUUUAAAUGCCAGUGUGUCUGAUUAUCAUCCUUCCUUCCCUCCCUCCUUUCCCUUCCCUUCCCUUCCCUUCCCUUCCCUUCCUUCAGUAAAUUCAUCAGUCCUUCCAGAGAUGUGUUCAUAUGAAAAGAAAAGAUUUGACAUCAGUAUUUAGAAUGCUGUCUCCUCCUCCCGUACUGCAGGAGGCUAUUCAUGUUAAAUUGAAAGUUAAUGGAAAUAUUAUAUGGAGAUAAAAAAAAAAAUGUCUAUCAUAAAUGAGUAAUGGCUCGCAUUGUCUAGAAUUUCUAACAAUGUUUUUCCUGGCUAUGGGUUUGUGAAAUGUGAAUUAUGUUUUGUUGAAGUGAUAGAAAGAUUACUGUUCUGUUUUCAGCCUGUCUAUAGUUCAAGAAUGCCAGCAGUACAAUUCAGUCUUUUAGUAACUACAUGUUAAAGGAAGUAUUUUGGAAACGUUUAGAUAACCAGUAUGACGAAGGACAAAAUUUCAUCAUCAUACAUAACAACCUUUAACAGGAAGCUAUUGGGUUUUCAAGGGUGUUUUCAUAGUAUUUAAGAAUCCUAUACCACUUAUGGUAAAAACACCCAUGUGAAUGCAACCUAAUCUUUGUGACCUUUGAAAACAGUCCUUAUGAGAGUGCAAGUGUUUAGUAUUCGCAGGGAAAUAUUGACUAUGUGGCAUUAUAUAUGUGGAAACUCAGGGGUCAGCUUUGCUUUUGAUGUAGUUACCAAUAUGUACAAUGAUACUUAACCUAGCCAUUAACCUGCAGCUGGUACACACUUUGUUUACAUAGUAAUUAUCCACUUAAGGAUGGUGUCUGUACACUGUUUACAUUGCUUUUAUGAGUUUGGGGAGCAAUAAUGGCUUUAUCAGAUAACAGAGGUGUAGGAUGAUAAACUCAUAACUCACUUCAUAGAAAGAGACAGACAUACCAUGCUUCAAUGUGACCAAGGACUGAGAUAAGUCUGAGUACAGUACAUGUAUAAUAUUUCAGUUUGUAUGAGAAAUAACUGAGUUAUGUUGUCAGGAAAGUCUUACUCAGUAUUUAGAAAAAAAAAAAAAAAUGCAAUACUCCUUGACUUAUAAAUAUGAGCCCAGUCCAUACAUUUUGCUUUGUAUGGAAUACGAUGGAAGGUCUGUUGUCAGGAUGUUAGUGGCUGGAGUUGGGGCCGGAAACCUACAGGCAGGUCACACACCAUGUAAGUAUAUAGAUUUACACUGUGUAGUCCAUUCUUUGACACCUCAGCCCUCCCACAGCGCCAAAGCCUCUAUUAUGAUGUGACCCAUUUAACUUUACCAUGUUGCUUGGUGCUUGGAGUUCAUGCAAUUCUGUCCAGUUUCCCAUGUUGCCACAGUAAGCCAUGUAACACACUAUGUCGCCAUGGCAUAGAAACACACAACGGUGUUUUGAUUGUUGCUUUGAAUUCUGUAAAUGUAUUUUUCUUAAUGCAAGGCUAAAGUAACUUGUAUCAAUGUUUGAAAAAUGUCAGUACUGAGGUUUUUUGGACGAUUGAUCUUGGUCCACAUUUUCAAACGUUAAGGUGUCUUACUUCGACUAUUAACAGGCUCCAGUGAAAUUUAAUGGUAUUUUUAUAGUCUUGGUGAUGAUUCUAACAGGAAUUAUACUUCAAUGGGAAAAAUUGAAUAAAUAUAAGAACUUACAAUCAUCAGCAUGGCCUGUGGAAAUAGUUGUUUUGAGAGAACAAAGCGUUUCAAAAUCACAGGCAAUUGGUCAGUGCUAAUACCACCAGACAAAGAAGUACAUGUAACUGUUCAUCUAUUUACUGUAAGCCUUCACAGUAAUGUCCCCAAACCUAGGGAUAUGUCAGCUGCCUGGUAGUGAGCCAAGGAGACAGAGCUAGGCAGCAUCUUUGGAAAUCUGGAGGAGCAAGAGUUGGCAAGGAGUAAGAAAGGCAUGAGGAACACGGGACAGUGGGUGAAACAAGGGUGGAAUUCAGCAGUGCGCAGAGGGUGGCAUGGCAUAGCAGUGUUGAGUUCCUUGGUUGUCAUCUGUCAUAUCUUGUCUACUAUGACUGCAUUUUCAUGACAUGUAUAAUAAAAGUACAUAUUAUC